UUGCAAUGUAUAUACGAUAAUCAAUGCUUCGCGCUGCCAUUUGCAUUAUCAGAAGAAUGCCCCUUUAAUCUGCUGGGCAGAGAUGCUUUGUGUAAAAUGAAAAUGAUGAUUGUGUGUGAUGAGGAGAGUGGUGUGACAUGUGAAGCAUGGCGCUUGCUGAGAGAGAGUGAGGAUCUGUAUGUGUAUAUGUGGUUACUGACUGAAAGUGAAACACUAAGAAACGUAGCAAAAGGGUGUAUGAGAGAAGGCUCUGAUUUUCAGAGCGAAGGCGAAUUGCAUGUUACAGCUCAUGUUAGUGUGGGCCAAGAUGUCCCAUACGAAGAGGUCUGGUCAGGAGACGUCACUGACCAAAUCUCAUGUACAGAGGUCUAUUGGGAUGACAAACAUUGUGCAGGAAAAAUUAAAUUAGAAACUGGGAUGUGUUUGUUUGAUGUGGCUGAUUCCUUCCCACAUGUGUCGUUGGCAAAAAGCCCAGACAUAGAGUGGAAAGACAAUGGUCCAUUUUUGAAAAGCUGUGUUGAAAGCAAAAGCUGGCAAGCACAUUUAGAAGGUUGUUUUUACAACCCCGAGCUAAAGGCUUGGAAACAGGCGGUCAAACCACAAACAUGGUUGGGACUGCGUUCGAUUAGAAUAAUUAGAGACUGCCAGCUGCCAAACACAGCUUGUCAAAACAGACUAAUACCACAGGAAAUAAUGUCCCAAAUACCACAGGAACUGUGGGCAAAGGACAGAUAUGACGUAGGGCUAAUAAAAAACUGUCCUGAGGUCAGGAUAACACCCAAGUCUAAUUACAGACCACACAAACCGCAAUAUCCUGUCAAACGGGAUGCAUUGGAAGGCAUAACGCCAGUGUUUGAGUCACUGCUAGAGCGAGGUAUAAUUAUACCGUGUGCUGACUCACCAGUAAACACCCCGAUAUUUCCUGUAAAGAAAAUACGUGAUGUAGGCCAACCAGAAGAGUGGAGAUUUGUGCAAGAUUUACAAGCUGUAAAUGCUGCAGUUGUAGCACGAGCACCAAAUGUACCCAAUCCGUACACCAUUUUGUCUCAAAUUCCAUCUGAUACCACUCACUUUACAUCCGUGGAUAUAUCAAAUGCAUUUUUUAGCGUACCAGUGCACAAAAAUAGCCAAUUCUGGUUUGCCUUCACGUUUAAAGGGAAAAGAUAUACCUUUACGAGACUGUGUCAGGGUUACUGUGAAAGCCCAACGAUCUACAACGACGCGCUGCAUGAAAACUUAUUGUCGCUAAAACUGCCCAAGGGCGUGGCAUUGCUGCAAUAUGUGGAUGACUUGCUUCUAUGCGCACCUUCCAGAGAAGUGUGUUUAGAGGCAACUCUGAAACUACUAAACCAUUUAGCAGAAAACGGUCAUAAAGUGAAUAUCAAAAAGGUUUCUAUCGCAGAGGAACAGGUUACAUUUUUAGGCCAUGUUAUUUCGAAAAACGGGAAACACAUUUCCGAGAAAAGGAUCAGUGGAGUGUUACGGGUGCCAAAACCAAGAAAUAAGAAACAGAUGAUGGCAUUUCUGGGUAUGACUUCGUAUUGCAGAACGUUUAUUAUUAAUUACAGCGAAAUUGAAAGACCAUUGAGUCAAAUGAUUUUUGACACCAAAUUAUCUGCAAACCAACUGAUUACGUGGACAAAAAAGGGGGAAUGAUAGAGGCAUUGAGGUCCUCAUUUUUUACGAAAGGGUUCACAGUCCAAGCUGAAGCAUUCUGUAAAAACUGCCUAAUAUGUGCGCAGCGAAACAUAGGAAGAAAUAACAAACAACCCAUGGCAGGGCACCCACAAACCACACAGCCCUUCCAACACGUCAUGAUGGAUUACAUAGAGCUGACACCCCACAAGGGUAAGAAAUACUGCCUAGUAAUGGUUGACAUGUUCUCUAAAUGGACCGAGGCAAUGCCCACGAGUAAAGCAGACUCAAAAGGAGUGGCAAAAAUGCUAUUACAGCACAUAGUACCUAGGUGGGGCAUACCAAGGAAAAUUUCAAGUGACAAUGGGUCUCACUUUGUCAAUAGUGCAAUCAAAACAUUGAGUGAGGGACUUAAAUUAGACCUCACUCACCAUUGCUCUUACCACCCAGAAUCAGGGGGGGCGGUGGAGCGUGAAAAUGGAACAAUAAAACUAAAAUUGACUAAAUGCAUGGAC